UUUUCUUAGGAUCGCCGCAAGAUGAAACGCGAUGAAUGAAAUGAAUCGUAUGUAGCUGUCAUGUGUGAGGGAAAUUGCGCUUUGUCUCCACAUCAACGCCCCUGUGGUACAACAAAGCAACUAAUCGUGCAACGCUAUCUAGUAGGCAGUGUUCGUUCAACGCGGUAGUUGUAUGUAAAUAUUUUGUGGGUGGCUUUUUAAGUUCUAAAACUAAAAGGAAAAUGACGACCCAACCGCAUAGUAAAAAGCGGGUCUGUUAUUACUAUGACAUGUCAUUUCCUUUGUCAAGGUGAUAUUGGUAACUAUUACUAUGGGCAAGGCCAUCCAAUGAAACCACAUCGUAUACGCAUGACACACAACCUACUUCUUAAUUAUGGUCUUUAUCGCAAAAUGGAAAUCUAUCGGCCCCAUAAAGCAACUGCUGAUGAAAUGACAAAAUUUCAUAGUGAUGAUUAUGUUCGGUUUCUGCGGAGUAUAAGGCCAGACAAUAUGUCAGAAUACAAUAAGCAAAUGCAGCGUUUUAAUGUUGGAGAGGAUUGUCCAGUUUUUGAUGGUUUAUAUGAAUUUUGCCAGUUAUCUUCAGGAGGCUCUGUGGCAGCUGCUGUAAAAUUGAACAAACAGGCCUCGGAAAUAUGUAUAAAUUGGGGAGGUGGCCUUCAUCAUGCUAAGAAAUCAGAAGCAUCUGGGUUUUGCUAUGUGAAUGAUAUAGUUUUGGGGAUUUUAGAACUUUUAAAGUACCAUCAGAGAGUAUUAUAUAUAGACAUUGAUGUCCACCAUGGUGAUGGGGUGGAAGAAGCGUUUUAUACUACAGACAGAGUAAUGACUGUUUCAUUCCAUAAGUACGGCGAGUAUUUUCCGGGCACUGGGGAUCUGCGGGAUAUAGGUGCUGGCAAAGGCAAAUAUUAUGCUGUAAAUAUCCCCCUUAGAGAUGGUAUGGAUGAUGAAAGUUAUGAGUCCAUUUUUGUACCUAUUAUCUCAAAAGUUAUGGAAACAUUUCAGCCAAGUGCUGUUGUUCUUCAGUGUGGAGCUGAUUCCUUGACUGGAGAUAGGUUGGGAUGUUUUAAUCUUACAGUUCGAGGACAUGGCAAAUGUGUAGAAUUUGUUAAAAAAUAUGGUCUCCCAUUUUUGAUGGUUGGAGGAGGAGGGUAUACAAUUCGAAAUGUGUCACGAUGCUGGACUUACGAGACAUCUGUAGCUCUUGGCACUGAAAUUGCUAAUGAAUUGCCUUACAAUGAUUAUUUUGAGUAUUUUGGCCCAGAUUUUAAAUUACAUAUCAGUCCGUCAAAUAUGGCAAAUCAGAACACUCCAGAAUAUUUGGAAAAAAUUAAGACAAGAUUAUUUGAAAAUUUAAGAAUGCUACCCCAUGCUCCAGGUGUUCAGGUUCAAGCUAUUCCGGAGGAUGCUGUCAAUGAUUCUGAAGAUGAAGAGGAGAAGGCAAAUCCUGAUGAACGAUUAAACCAGGCAUCCCUGGAUAAGAGAAUAGCACCAGAAAAUGAAUACAGUGACUCCGAAGAAGAAGGUGAAGGUGGAAGGCGGGAUCAAAGGUCAUUUAAGGGCAGGAAACGACCUCGUUUAGACAAACUUGAACCAAAGACUGAAAAACAAGAUGGAGAUGAGAAAGGCAAAACGGAAGAAGUUACUAAAAUGGAUACCAAAGCCGAAAUUGAGAAGGAUGACAAGUCUGGGAUUGCAGAAGACCUCAAGAAAGAAUCAAAUUUGAAUCCAUGAUAACAACAUUCAUUUGCCAUACAUUGAUUUCCAGGAAGGAUCAAGAGGAUGGGUCUGUACAGAGAUCUGUACAUUUUUUAUUAUUGCAUUUUUAAGAUAAAGUCUGUCCAUCAAUGUCAUUCAUGAGUAAGAAUUUAUUUGACACGUCAUAAUUUCAUUGUUGUGCUGACAUUUUACAGUGUCAUUUAUAAAUUGUCUCAUACGUUCCUCAUUUCUUGUGGCUGUCCACUGUCUCUUUGUUGCUAGUAUUUGUUUCAUCCUGUGCAUCAUGGUUUGAGAGAGGAUUUCAUACAAAGAAUAAUGUAAAGAGAGAUCAUUUCACAUUUCUGAUUUGACAUGGAGUGUUUGUGAAUACUUCCCAGUACAAAGAUGUAGGUUCAUAAAUAAUUGAUUUUGUAGUAGAUUUUUCUUAAUAGAUGUGUAUAUAAGUAAAGGGGGGUGAAUGUGGAGAUUAGGAGAGCUUUUUAGUCCUCCUAUGAUGAAUAGAUGGGAUGGGAGAUCACUUUUAAGUUACUGUGUACUUCCUUGAGUAGAUUUAUUAGUUUGUAGAAGUGCAACAUAGUACAUUAAUCUUUGUCAUAAUUAUUUAUAUUGGUCUAAAAUUAAAUGGAAAUAAAAUUGAAACAUUUUGUGAUUACUGUAUCAAUUCAUUUCACCCUAAUAUCCUCAGAAACUUACUUUGAGCACAUUGAAACAAGCGCAUAACAUUAUUUAGAAUAAAUCAUGUUUGUGUAAAAUGUGUUUUGACACAAAUAUAUUUUUAGAACAAAAUAAA